AUGCGUUUACUAGACCUCAUCAACGACCUCUCACGUAACCCACAAGUCAUCUACGAAAUAGAGAAGGAGAUAAACAGCCUCGCUAAUGGGAGUAUUGAAGGAGUCUACAGCCUGGCAUCCCAAAUUGAUCCAUCCAAUUCCGUAGCCACGUUCUACCUGUUCAAAAUAGUCGAAACAAAAAUAAGGCAGAACAAGGCGUACAACGAGACAGCCCAAUUUAUCGAAGGCUACUUGAACAGGGCUGUUGGAAGUGGAAAUCCAGUCCGACCCUGCGUGAUCGACUCCUACGUCCUACUUGCACUCCACUGCUGGCCCACUCUUCUCACCAACUUCAUUCCCGUGAUCCACGGUGCCCUGAGCAGCCAGGCCACUGCCUCAUUCGGCCUGAGACUCCUCCACGCCUUUCUGACUGAAAUCAAUUACAGCACUGAAAUUGAUCAAAAAAGAAGGAGCGAGCUGAAGAAGGCAGUGAGCACACUUGAUGGACUGGGAGAGGUGGUAGACCGGAGCACCGAUUCAGAAGACGUCAGACUGGCAAUCAGAAUCAAGAAGGAGCUCCUUACGAUGGCACCAAAGUUGAUCAAUUUUGAUUUGGUUUACAAGGAAGCUCCUUCCCACCCAAAUGAGGCAGUUGAGUUCUUUGUUGAGGCUGGAAAGAGUGGAACGGACGAGGAGAGGCUGAUUGGGCUGCUUGAGCACUUUCAACCCGAUUUGAAUCUGAUUGAUGCAUUCUUCACCAGGGCCAACACGGAUCAGAGGGUGAUGAAGUACAUGUUCAGGGGCAUUGGCGAGUCAGAGACGAUGGUUCAGUCACUUGGGUACUGGGCCAGGGUGCUGGGAAACGAGGGAGUCCCAGGAAGUGUGGUCACAGGCGUAUUGGAGGAGGCAUUGACGAAAGUGAAGGAAAUUGAGGAGGACGAGGCCCAGGAGGCCGAGACUGCGCUGUUUCAGGUGCUUUCUGCUGCCUCUCGAAGCCACCCUGCGACUGUUCUCGGCUACCUGGUCCAGGCCGAGUCGAAGACAGAAAGUCGAUUUGUCACAAGCUGCCUCUACAAAAUUCACAAAACGAAUCCAGCCAUUUUGGCUGACUCCUCCUUUUCUGGCGCCUACCUGAAUUCGUACGCCUGCUACCUGAUGGAUGAUCCAAGGUGUGUUGGACUCCUUGAGCAGCUGGAUUACGGCGACAAGGAGCAGACUAGGACGGCCGUGAAUGUCGUAGAGCGCUUCUACGGCCGUACGGCAGACAAGGCGCCAUUUGGCCGUCUCUACGCCUUAGUCUGCGACCACCUCAGUCACAGCUUCAAUUACGAGAUACUGGCUGCCAUUGAUAGCAGACUGGGCCGACACGUCUCCAUUGAAUUCAACUCGCCCUCUUCUGCCAUCCGCUACUUCUUCUACCUCAAGGCAGACUCGUCCCACUACUCCCAGUACAAGGAGGCCUAUCUCAGCUACUUUGCAGCAAACUGCCCCUUUGACCGCUGUUUUGCGAUUCUCAGCCGACUCGGCCUCGAUGAGUUCGAAUCCCGUCGAAUCCUCGAAUUUGUUUUCGACCAAUUUCAAACCUACCCAUUUUCUGAUAUUUGUUGCAUGAACACCGAUCUGAUAGGCCGCCACCCAGAAGUAGCAGACUACUUCAUCCAGAAGGAGGUGGCACACUUCGUGGAGGAAUACGAUGGCGUACGAGACUACAAGGAGUACUAUUUGGCAGCAAGGGGUCUCCUUGGCCUGAUGGAGACGCGUCUUCGAGUCAGCCCAGCCACCUUCUGGCUCCUGUUUGACUUGUUGUACAUCGACUAUGCGCCAGUUGUAAACAGAAUUCUGCUCAUUGUCAACCAGGAGUUCAAUAGGGCGUCUUCAGCCAAAAGUGGUGAAUCACACCCUGAAAUGGGAAAUGAAUCAAACUUAGAUAGGGCCGUAUACAGCUUGAUGACGUGCUACUCCCUGCCGCACAUGCUGCCAGCACAGGGGCAGAUUGCAACUGCCCUGGCGUGGCUGCUGAUUCGUGCACCUGGCUCGUUCGUGCGUGUUCUACGUGUUGAUUCUGAUCAGGUUGAAUCAAUUAGGUCACAGAUCAGGAAUAUGGAUAGACGAGGUGGAGUUGGGGUGGUUAAGAGCUACCUGGCUCGAUACAGGGGAAGACAGUUGCAUAGGAUGUAUGAGAAUGAGAGCAAGGUGAAAGAAUACAAGAUAUUUGGUAAGGAAAAGAGUAGGGGGGAUAUAACAGAUAUACCUGAUUUAAAUGGGUGA